AUGGUCUACUGCGGUCGUCCUUCAACAAGUUGCAACAAUUGUCGCGCCAAGAAGAGAAGAUGCGACAAAGCAGUCCCAGAAUGCGGCCAAUGUUGUCGCACGGGUCAGAAAUGCCACGGGUACAGAGAUCCCUCAAGCCUCAUCUUUCGCGAUGAGAGCACCCAGGUCAUCAACCGCGCCCGCUCAAAAGUCUCCAAGAGGACUUUGACGGCCACCCCAACCGACCGCCUCUCGGUGGAGCGCACAGCCCCACGACAGGCACAGAACCAACAACAAUACACCUCCGCACCGGACUAUCACGCCAGCCGCCCCUCCGAUGUCGUCGAUGAGACCAUGCUGGACAUGAGCGACGUCGAUGUCGGAGCCGGGAUGUUCGCCGGCGGCAGCUUCAUGCCCGAGUUGAUGAGCUUCCACGACCCUUUCAACCUGGACGAGACUGGGCUCUUCUCCCUCCACCAGGAUGCCUCGCCCAGCGCCAUGCCGGUAUCGGGCGACGGUCCUGGAUCCGUGUCUGGGCGUCGUUCCCGUGUCGGCGCUUCUAGCGUAGGCGGCGACGAUGUGGCUCUCGAUCAGUUCCCUGAUGACGGCAGCAACCGCGGCGACCGCCAACGGCUAGGACACAACAACUUCACCAGCAGUCAGCCCGAGGUCAUAGCGCGUCCCUUAUCCUUGCCUCUCGUCAUCAUCGGUCUCGAUUUCUUCCUCUCUCACUACGUCGUUCGGCAGUCCGGUCCCUCCUCCGGCUUCUUCGACUACGUUCCGGCCAUGCUGGCGCAAGACGACGGCGGCAACGACAUGCUCGAGGGUGCCAUUCUGGCUGUCGGCUUCAGUGGGCUCGCUCGCACCACUAGCCAGGCCGACCUGUUGACCCGGUCCAUGAUGAUGUACACCCGCACCAUGGAGCGUGUCAAUCUCGCCCUCGCCGACCCCCAGGCCGCCCGUCGCGACAGCACCAUCGUCUCUGUCCUCGUCCUCGCCCUCUACGAGUUCAGCAAGGCCUCUAUCGACGGCUGGAAGCACCACAUUGAGGGUGCCACUUCGCUCCUCAACCUGCGCGGCCGCUCCCAGUUCUCCACCUCGACCGGCCUGCAGAUCUUCAAGGAUGUCUUCUCCCAGCUCCUCACCAACUGCCUGCGCUCCGGCUCCCCCAUGCCCUCGAGCCUACGCAUGCUGCGCAUCGAGGCCGCCAACGCCAUCAGCGUCUCGGAUCCCUACUGGGUCGCCUGCAGCGGCAUGGUCGAGCUUCUGGAUCUCUACCAGCACAUUUCCCCGGGCGGCUACUCGUUCUUUCCCAACUCUUCCGGCGCCUCCUCCUCCGGUCUCGCCGCCCCUUCCGAUUCCUCCAACUCCCCCUCUACUGCAUCCGGUUCUUCCCCCGCCUCUACCUCCAUGCUCUCCGGUCCUCUCAAGGGUGCCAACAUCUCCAUUGAGCACCUCGAGCGCUACCUCUCACAGGCGUUCGAGAUUGACUACCGCCUCGAGAGCACAUUCUCCAAGUGCCCUUCCGAGUGGCAGUUCACCGCCAAAUCCAACUCGUCCAGCAACAGCUACGAUCCGACUCGCAGCCGGCGCGACGUCAACCACAUCUACCACGAUGUCUGGAUCGCCUCCGUCUGGAACAGCAUGCGCGUCUGCCGCAUCCUCGCCAACCACGCCAUCAGCCACCUCCUCCUCCGCGGCGCUAACACCGACAGCAACUGGUUCUUCGCCAACAACUACGUCGACCGCCUGCACCAGGCCACCCAGAACAUCGUCCGCCUGCGCGACGAGAUACUCGCCUCCGUGCCCCAGCUCAUGGGCUACGCCACUUCCCCGGCGCAGGAGCUGCAGCUGCAGCAGCAGAAGCAGGCGCAGCAGCACGAGCGCUCCAAGAACAACGCCGGCUCGGCCGUCGGCGGCUACUUUGCCUGCUGGGUUCUCCUCACUGUGGGCUGCAUGCACAACCUCGGCCACGAGACCCGUGCGUGGACUGCCGCCCAGUUGCGCAGAAUCAGCUGCCAAGCAGGUCUUGCGCAGGCAGACGAUCUCGCCAACUUUGUUGAAUCAAGCAACCUCCGUCCACCAUUGAGUGGAUAG